GCAGGGGCCAAAAAACAACGACAAUCGCCCAUACAAAAGAAUCGUUAGCCCAGUGUCCAAUCUUACAUCAACAUCGUCAACCAAGAACUUCAAUUCUUUUCCCUUCCCCAGCUUUGCCUUCUGGCUUUUGGUGCUUUCUCUUGUCCGCGCUGGAGCUGGACUUGAAGAACCCCCUUCUUUAACCUGUUAACGCCAGCCUACCUCACCUACCUUACCUUACCUAUUUAGCUCACUCAGCGCUGCAGCUUCCCGUUGAACUGUCAAAGGCAAUUCAUCCCCGGUCACCGCCUGCUCUGGUCAUUUGUCGCUCGUCACAUUGAGACAUCGCCGCUGCUUCAAUUCAUUGACUGUGUAUAUCUUGCUAUAAUCUGAUAUCUUCCGACUGCAUUCGAAAGCCCCUGCCCUUUUUUUUUUUUUGUUCAACAACAGCCUCUGGACGGUCCCACCGCCAGCCUCCCUGAAGCGCAAGUCAAUAUCAACAACAUAACAACAACAUGGCUCCUUCUACCAGGCAAUCGCAAAACAUGGCGCAGAUAGUCGAGUACAUACCAGACCGGCUUUACCUUGCCUCCUACAUCCAUCCUCCCACACCAGACACCCCGUUCCCUUACCCCGAGGAGCCUCAGCCAGCUUCUCCCAAGAAGCGAAGCCAACGAGCUGCUGCGGGUGCGACCCCGCUCGCCGCCAAGUCGAACCGACCGCAGCCAUGCUAUUUCACCGUCGACGAUACUCUUCUGUACAACGCUUUCCACCAUGAUUUUGGCCCUCUGCACAUCGGCCACCUCUACCGAUUCGCCAUCCAAUUCCAUGAUAUCCUAGGCGCAAAGCAAAACAAGGACCGCCCCAUUGUUUUCUGGAGCGCUGCUGACCCUAGAAGUCGCGCGAACGCCGCUUGUAUGCUCGCAUGCUACAUGGUCCUCAUACAGAACUGGCCUCCCCAUCUGGCCCUUGCCCCGAUUGCGCAGGUCGAUCCUCCUCUGAUGCCAUUCCGAGACGCGGGUUACAGUCAAGCCGAUUAUGGCAUUAGCGUUCAAGAUGUUGUCUAUGGUGUGUGGAAGGCCAAGGAAGAAAAGUGCUGCGAUCUAGACAACUUCGAUCUUGACGAAUACGAGCGUUUCGAGAGAGUCGAACAUGGUGAUUUCAACUGGAUCACUCCCCAUUUCCUGGCAUUUGCUUCUCCCCAGCACGCGCCGGUCCAGAAAAUCACAGAGGGAUCCGAUCUGUACCCAUUGCUUCCACGGACGCUAGCCGCCGUGGAUGCCCAUCCCAAGUUGCCAAAGCCCUUCAAGAAUGUGCUGAAGCACUUUUCCGAGAAGAACAUUGGCCUGGUGGUCCGACUUAACUCUCAACUCUACUCCCCCUCGUACUUUGAGGCGCUGGGUAUUCAGCACCUGGACAUGAUCUUUGACGACGGCACAUGUCCCUCGCUCUUGACUGUCCGUAAGUUCAUCAGACUCGCUCACGAGACCAUCACUGUCCGUAAGCAGGGAAUUGCUGUUCAUUGCAAGGCUGGCCUCGGCCGCACAGGUUGUUUGAUUGGUGCCUAUCUCAUUUACCGACACGGUUUCACCGCCAAUGAAGUUAUCUCAUUCAUGCGCUUCAUGCGACCUGGCAUGGUUGUUGGCCCUCAACAGCACUGGCUCCAUUUGAACCAGGGCACAUUCCGCGAAUGGUGGGUUGAGGAGAGAAUUGAGCGCAGACUCAGGAGGGAGAUGGCUGCUGCCAACCCUAUUCCCAGCACCCCCAUUCGUGCCAUGCAAAAGACAACACUUCGAAACGGCCAGGCUUCGACACCCCCCAAUCGAAGCCCCUCAAACCGUACUCCGCUGAGUGAAGUCGACCACGACCGCAAUAAUAUUGGCGUCCAGGAAGACUAUUUACCAGCUCCUACACCGGGCCAACCGCGAAAGACUGCCAGGGAUCGUCAUCACCCUUACCAGCGCUCAACUUCCAACGGGCUCGCUGUUGAAGAGCAGCGCACUAUUGAGCAAGAAGCUGAGUACAUUGCGACGCACAGCCAGGCUCACGGCGGAGAGUCUGACGAGGAGUUGCAUUUGCGCAUGCGCCGUCAUCGUAAGGCGACCUCCCAAUCACCGGCUCGCAGUGAAAAGACACGCUCGGUUAGCCAGACGGCAGCUAUCUACACGAUUGACAACGAUGCAUCACACGACGCUGAGAACAUUGGCUCUGUGCGGACCAAGCACGUCGAACGAGUUGCUAGUACCCCUGGCGUUCUGACAAAGGUUCGCGGCAGCAAGCGCCAGGGAGAGUCUCCCCUUCGGGCAAAGGAGUCUGCUGGCAUUCGAAAGACCAGCGGCAGAGUAGGCAGCGCCAAUCAUGGAGCGUCAGUGACGGCAGCUUCGACGGCCCGUAAAGUUUCUGGAGCUUAGAAAGCACCAGCACAGCGAGUCCAGCCGCUUCAGCGUUCUAACGCGAAGCGUAACAGACACUUGUACGAUUCCACGUCACGAUCAUGAUUCACGUACGUCACGGGCAAUGUUAACGUCUCUCAUGCAUUGGCGUUUCUGGCUCAGAAGAGGAUGACGAGCGGUUUAUGUUUGAAUGUUAAUGAUUCUUCUCCCAUGCAUGAUUGCUUACCGAGAAGUGUUUGGCUUUCAGUUAAUGUCAUUUGAAACUUGCAAGAUAGUUCAGUUUCUGCAGCAUACAAGGAUCAUUACGGCUACGACUUCGAUGGAGUUUGUCGUGGUCAAGGAGAGGGCAACUAGAGAGACGUGAAUAAUGCAUACUAUCUCGGAUGAGGGAAAGACUGAAGGCAUACCGGAGUUCAAAUUUGCGAUGGCGUACAGGCAGGCAAGGUUGAAAUUAUUAUUGUGGACUUAUUUGGUUUGGCAUUGCACUGGGUUUUGUUGUUUCUUGAUGAUAGUCAAAGAGGGGGCAAUGAAGAAGAGACGGUAGCGGGUUUUUACGACGGUUAUAUAAGUUUCCAAGAGCUGAAAUACAUACAUCUCUUAUACUGUUCAUUCUUUGUGGAUUUCUGUCUGGCGACCGACGGUCUAAGCUUCCCAUAUUGAUAAUCUAUCUAUAUUGCUUCGUAUCCAGUUCAUAUGAAGUUCACUGUCAGGUCCGGAUGGCUUCGAGAGCUGUGACAACAUCUUCUAUUACCUUGCCAGCCUCAGCACUUGUCAUUUCUUCACUCACAGCCAAACACUUGUCCACAACAUCGCGAUAUCGACUACCGACCUUGCUACCCAGACCGGGAACGAGAGCCGCACGCAGGACCUUGUCGCGCCAUCGACCCGUGGAGUAGUGUGGUUUAUGGUAUGUUUGGAGAACCUUCCAGAGACCUAUUUCGAGCAGCACCAAACCCAGACUAUAGAUAUCCAUGGGCUUGCAGUGAGGAAAGCCUCGCAAGGAAGCUGGGUGUCGGUGUAGCGUAAGGAUAGAAGGAUUACGGGGCGCGACAGAGAGCGCGGUAUCAAGGUCUGGUCUUGAAGCAUCGAAACCCGUCAGAUAAGGGCACUGUAUAUCUGGUACAAGUGCCCCAGCAGCAGUUGACGAGUGAGCCGAUGCUGAAAAGGCUGAAGGGAAGAAGAGAAUGUUUGAGCUGCAGAGGCUUUUAUGAAGCCAGUCAAGUGAGUGCAGAGACCAUAAGGCGACGGCGAGCGUAUGUGCCAAACGGACUCGAUCAUCGAGGUUAGGGGUCUUGAGGUCCGAGCUGGCGAUGAGUUCAUGGAGCGUCGAGAAAGACGGCGAGGGCGCUUUGUAUACGAGCCCGUAUCUGCACCGUGAAGUAUCGUCAACAUAGCCUACGCAGUCGAUGCUAUGAAGGUCAGGAUGGCAAUCGGAAGCGGAGUGCAUCAUGCGAGCAAGAUCGUCAAGACGACGCACAUGAGCUACACGCUCAUCCACAUCAUCGCGAUCAUAGUCAACCCACUCAAUCACAACAUCACCCGCGCUCUCAUGCCGUCCUGUACUUCUCCCGCCAUCGCCACCAUCCCCACUGAGAUCAAGUGCAGCACGGGGAACCUUGAGAGCGAACGUCGGUUUGAAUGAGGCCUGGGGCUUGGCGUCUAGGUUGAUUCGGAGCUUCUUGAGGUUGGCCGAAGUGGUGAGCUUGGGGUAGACACCGUCUGAGGCUAUUUCAAGGAGAGUAAGUUGAGUAACGUCACGCUGUGCAGACUCGAGGAGCUGAUUUGUCCAAGCCCGUUGAAACGAUGGGAGAUGGGAGGUUGGAAAAAGGCGUUCG